GCCUGGGACCCCGCCGUGGGCCUCCGGGGCUGGUGGAGCGCGGCCGGCGCCCAGGGUCACCCCUGAGGCAUCCCGGCCCAGGAUGGCCGCGGCGCUGGUGGACCUGGCGCAGGGGUCUGUGACCUUCGAGGAUGUAGCUGUGACUUUCACCCAGGAGGAGUGGGGACAACUGGACCGUGAUAACAGAAAACCUCAAGCCACCRAACCUACUACUUGUGAGCCAGCCUUGUCCRAGGGUGCCUCACUCCAGGGACAGUUAACACAAGGGGCCUCAGGGUGCUCCCAGGUGGUGGCAGCCAGAGGUCAGAAUGGGCCAUCAGCAGUGCAGGAAGGACUCUUGAGACCAGGUGUAGAGCUGCAGGAGAAGCUUCCUGGGAAAAGUAUCCCUAGACCUGGUGGUUCAGGGGCAUCUGAGGACAUUUGUUCAAGGAUGGUACAGGUCCCUGUCUGUCUAGGAGAUGCUGUUCAUGACUGUGACCCACAGAUCACUGCUAUGGAUUCCAUGAGUCAGGAGAAUGAAAACAUCUUCAAAUGCAGUGAAUGUGGGAAAGUGUUUAACAAGAAACGCCUUCUUGCCCGACAUGAGAGGAUCCACUCUGGAGUGAAGCCCUACGAGUGCACGGAGUGUGGGAAGACCUUCAGCAAAAGCACAUACCUGCUUCAACACCACAUGGUCCACACAGGGGAGAAGCCCUAUAAAUGUAUGGAGUGUGGAAAGGCCUUCAACCGCAAAUCACACCUUACUCAGCAUCAGCGGAUCCACAGUGGGGAGAAGCCCUACAAGUGCAGCGAGUGUGGAAAGGCCUUCACCCACCGCUCCACUUUUGUCUUGCAUAACAGGAGCCACACUGGAGAGAAACCUUUUGUGUGCAAAGAAUGUGGCAAAGCCUUUCGUGAUAGGCCGGGUUUCAUUCGACACUACAUCAUCCACAGUGGGGAGAAUCCCUAUGAGUGUUUUGAGUGUGGCAAGGUCUUCAAGCACAGAUCAUAUCUUAUGUGGCACCAGCAGACUCACACUGGGGAGAAACCCUAUGAGUGCAGCGAGUGUGGGAAAGCCUUCUGUGAGAGUGCGGCCCUAAUCCACCACUACGUCAUCCACACUGGGGAGAAGCCCUUYGAGUGCCUCGAGUGUGGGAAGGCCUUCAACCACAGGUCCUACCUCAAGAGGCACCAGCGCAUUCAUACUGGAGAAAAGCCUUAUGUGUGCAGUGAGUGUGGGAAGGCCUUCACCCACUGCUCUACGUACAUUUUACAUAAAAGGGCCCACACUGGAGAAAAACCCUUUGAGUGCAAAGAAUGUGGGAAAGCCUUUAGCAAUAGGGCAGACCUCAUUCGCCACUUCAGCAUCCACACUGGGGAGAAGCCCUAUGAGUGCAUGGAGUGUGGGAAGGCCUUCAACCGCAGGUCAGGCCUCACGAGGCACCAGCGUAUUCAUAGUGGGGAGAAACCCUAUGAAUGCAUCGAGUGUGGGAAAACCUUUUGCUGGAGCACAAAUCUCAUUCGACACUCUAUUAUCCACACUGGAGAGAAGCCCUAUGAGUGCAGUGAGUGUGGAAAGGCCUUCAGCCGCAGCUCAUCCCUCACUCACCAUCAAAGGAUGCACACUGGCAGAAACCCUGUCAGCACAGCAGAGGAGGGGCCCCCUUUCACAAGUGCUCAUGCCUCCGUCAACAUUCAGGAACUUCUAUUAGGGGAUGACUUUGUGAAUGUAACUGAUAAGGAAAAGCUUUUGAAAGAGGAAACAUCCUACAUGGCAUCUGAUCAUUCAUACCAAAGAGAAAACCCACAAAUGUCUUCAUUAUAAGAAAACCUUAUUAUUUGUUAUCUGAAGACUCAUUAGAAAUUGACUUAGCUUACAACACUGUUCUCCAUCUGAGAAUUCAUCCCAGGAGAGAGAGACAGGUUAUUUUGCACUUAGGACUACUUUCAGCUGCAUCUUUCUUCUCAUUUACAGUGCAAUGUUAUCUCAGGAAUGUUUAUAGAAAGGAAGUGAUAUAGAGUGAAACAUCGGCACUGCUUCUUUCACACUAUUCCACUCAGUCUAUGGGACUCGUUCAUGGAUUUCUUAGUUUAUUUGGGUGGAGAGGGUUCUGGUUUAGGAGACAAAGAACCUUGACUGUCUUGUAUAUGCAUUCAGUGCUGUCCAGUGUUGAGAGUUAGAAAGUUGAGGUCAAGUCUAGAAACUUACUAAAUAUCCUCCUUAUUGUACAAUAUUGUCUCUGUCUUGUGGAGCACACGUUUUUAAGAAGAAUAUGAAGGUGUGAGUGCAGUGAGUGUGGGAAUACUUUUAUAUUUAAGGGAAUAAGGAAACAUGUUUUUGUGUUUGUGUGUGUAGUGCUAGGAAUUGAACCCAGGGCCGCAAGCAAUUUAAGCAUGCAGUAUACCAGUGAGCUACAUCCAGCCCCAGGGUAUACAAAUGAAUGGACACUUGUUAUUGCACCACUUAAGACUGGCAAACUCUCUUUAAUAUGGUUUCAAACACCACUCAGAAUUUUUCUUGAUCCCCUCUUUUCGUUUACUUGAAGCUAUGUAGUAAGUCUUAAAAUUGGGUAAAAUGAUUCCUUUUCUUUCUUUUAUUUCAAGUUGAUUUAGUACUUUUUUUUUUACUUUCGACGUACACUUUAGGAUUUGUUUUUCUGAUAUCAUAAUGAAAUACCAGUUAUUUGAUAGAUGUUGAGUUAAAUCUAGGAUCAGUUUUUUGAGAAUUGUAUCUUUCUAUUGUGGUGAGUCAUCCAUUUAUGAAUGUGGUUUUAUGAACAUGGUAUAUCAUUUUGUUUAUUUAAGUA